AUGGGGAGACCUCCUGCUUGUUGUGACAAACUGAUCAAUGUGAAGAAGGGCACUUGGACUGAAGAGGAAGAUGCAAAUAUACUUGCUCAUCAUGUAUCCAAGAAUGGGAUCGGUAACUGGACUUCUGUUCCGAAAAAAGCAGGACUUAAUAGAUGUGGGAAGAGUUGCAAGCCUAGGUGGAGUAAUUACUUGAGGGCUAAUCUGAAGCAUGAAACCUUCACACCCCAAGAGGAAGAAUUGAUUGUUAGGCUUCAUGCAACCAUUGGUAGCAGGUGGCCUAUAAUAGCUCAACAACUUCCUGGGAGGACAGACAAUGAUGUGAAGACCUACUGGAACACUAAGCUGAAAAAGAAGCUCUCAGAUAUGGGAAUUGAUCCCGUUACUCACAAGCCCUUCUCUCAAAUUUUAGCCGACUAUGGAAACAUUGGUGGCCUACCCAAAUCUGGAAUGCGAAUCGGGAUAGGUGCUUCCCUAAACAAGGACUUGAAGAAUGCUAUGCUGAUGAAGUCAUCAGAACCAUACACAUCAGGCUUGUCAAACUUCAACAACAGCCAUUCGGUGCCAACAACCAAAAUCGAACCAAUGCAAGCCACUAGCAGUACCAAAUUCGACUACUACCAACCCUAUGAUCUUCUCACACAGCUGCAAGCCAUGAAAUAUGUGACAGAGGUCUCAAACUCCACCACCAACACCAACCCUGCUCCUUCCCCUGUCAAUUUCUACAGUGAAGGCUCAUUAUCUUCUUCAUCCUCGUCUACUUCUUCAUCUGCUGCUGUGCAAGAGAAGUCACCUCUGGCCUUUGGAUGGAGUGAUUUUCUCCUAGAAGACGCAUUUGUGCCAACUGAAGAUGCUCGCGGAGCAAUGCCACAAGGCGAAAUUUGGGACCAAGCUACUAUGCAAGAUAAUAUGGCCGAGUCUUCAUCCAAAGACAUGUUUAACCAAGCACAAACAGAAAAUGUGGGCAUGAGUUAUGGAAUGUCAAGCAAUCAAGUAGAGGCUAUAGCUGAUCCAUGCGACAGUUCAUUUGUGGAAGCCAUGGUAGCUAAAGAGAAUGACUUGUUCUUGGAGUUUCCUGAACUACUUCUGGAAGAACCAUUCUACUACUGA